AUGGCUUCGGAGGAAUGGCGAAUGUGCGCCGACUGGUUGGUAAAAUGUACGAUUUUACCUGCCGACCACCGGGCUCUCAAGCCAAAUGCCCAGAUAUUCGACUUAGCACAAGCUCUACGAGAUGGGGUGCUACUUUGUCAUUUGCUGAACAACCUGAGUCCUGGAUCUGUGGAUGUGAAAGACUUCAGUGCCCGGCCACAAAUGUCACAGUUCUUGUGUUUGAAAAAUAUCCGGAGUUUUUUACAGACGUGUAAGAAUGUGUUCGGGCUGCGAGACUGUGACUUGUUCGAUCCUUAUGAUCUGUUUGAUGUCAAAGACUUCAAAUUGGUGCUACACACAUUGUCCAAAAUUUCCAAGUCGGAGAAAGCGCAAAGAAGAGUGCCUGGGGGCUUUCCGCCUGACUCUAUGCCCUCCUAUCACUACCAAGAUAAUGAGGACAUCUACGGCAAUCUGUCCACACUGGCUGCUGAGAAUGACAUGCCUGACAUGGAGGAUAUAUAUGACACUGUCUAUAAUGGGGAUGAAGAUGAAAUUUAUGAAGAUCUUUGCAUGAGAAGAAAGCCUCCUCUGGAAGCAAAGACUCUUACCAAGAAGGAAAUGUGUAUCAAAGAGUUGGUUGACACAGAAAAGAAUUACGUCUCUGCACUGGAGAUGAUUGUGACACAUUUUAUCAAGGCCUUGCGAAACGUGAUGAGAGAUGCAGAUCGGGAUAUCAUUUUUGCCUAUAUUGAGGAGUUGUACAGUGUCCAUUCAGGAUUCCACAGUGAAUUGUGUAGGACAUGUCACAACAUGACAGAGCUCAGUGAGGUGUUUAUAACCUGGAAACAGAGCUUUCUGAUCUAUGGCGACUUUUGCUCUAAUCUUCCCAAAGCUCAAGAACACAUCGAGGAAAUCUGCAAGCGGAAUGAGAUUGUCAAAGUUCAUAUUGAGGAUUGUCAGAGAAGAGCAAAUGAUGGUAAAUUCAAGUUACGUGAUUUGCUUCAUUUACCCAUGCAGCGAGUAUUAAAGUACCAUCUCCUUCUGAAGGAGUUGAUCAAACAGACGGAUAAGAAUAGUGAUGAGAAGAAGAGUUUAGAACGGGCCCUGGAAGCUAUGCAGGACCUGUCAUUCUAUGUUAACGAAGUUAAGAGGGACAAUGAAACUUUACAGCUCAUUCGUGAAAUCCAAAACAGUAUUGUUGACCUGCAGAUGCCACCUAACACUUUUCUGAAGGACUAUGGGAGGUUACAGAAGGAUGGAGAAUUAAGAGUGCGCUCGCACCCGGACAACAGGCUCAAGUCUAGGUACAUUUUCCUGUUUGACAAGGUGAUGCUAAUGUGUAAAUCCAGGGGUGAGACUUACAGCUACAAAGAUGCCCUGGUGCUGGGAGAAUACAUGGUGGAGGAGUCAGCCCCCACUAGGGAUCAACCUCCAAGAAGAAAUGAUAAAUAUGUUUACUCCUUCAUGAUUGUGAAGAAAAACCGACAAAUGGCAUACACAUUUUUUGCCAAGACGGACGAAGUGCGGAAAAAAUGGAUAGAGGCCAUCAAUCUAGCCUUAAAUAAUGGUCAACCUGUGGACUCGAAAAAGGUGGGAAUGGAGUUCACUAUGCAUACAUUCAGCCGACCAAAAGAGUGUGAUGUGUGCGGCAAACUUCUGAGGGGUGUCUUCUAUCAGGGUUAUUACUGUCAAGAACGUGACCUGGCCGUGCACAAGGAAUGCAUCAGUAAAGCCAAACCAGGAUUUGGUCCACCAGUACCCCCGAGGCCACUAGAAGUCUCCACAGUGAAUGUCCCUCGGAACACAGAGCCCUAUAUGUUCAAGGCUCGCGCAAAGCAGAAUUAUAUUGGAGUUCCCAAGCCUCCUGGUGGUAGGACACCACUGGAGUUCAACCAAUCAGACGUAAUCGAAGUUUUGUCAAAAGAAUCAGAAGAAUGGUGGGAGGGCCGUCUGAAAGGAGAGCAAGGAGCGUUCCCAGCUAACUUUGUCACAGAAAUCAAGACACCAAAGAGAAAGCCCUCGUAUAUUAAUCCUACAGGGCCGCCUUUUAAACCGAGCCCACCAAACUCUGAAAUCAGCCCCAAACCAGUGCUAGUUAGCCAGCCGCCUGCAUGCCAUCCAACACGAUCGUACGCCAACAUUCAUGAUCUUACCUCUUUUCCAUGGUUUGUUGGUGAGAUGAGUCGAGAGACUGCAGCGCACAAGCUAUCCAAUCACAGAAGUGGAACAUUCCUAAUCCGAGAAAGCGACAAUGAAGCUCGGAAGGGGGAGUUUUCAUUGAGUAUAAAAUACUGUGAUAAUGUAAAGCACAUUAAAGUGGAGAGAACUCCAGAAAACACGUACUACAUCGCAGAUGUCAAGUACUUCCACAGUUUAAGGGAGCUAGUGGAGUAUUACCAGCAGUACACACUAAGUGAAAACUUUCCUGAUUUAGAGACAACCCUGAAGACACCGAUCAAGAACAGCACGGCCGUGGUGAACUGUAUAGGGUACGCCGUAGCAGCGUUUGACUACGCUGCCACAGCAACCAAUCAGCUGACGUUACACCGAGGAGAUCGCGUGAAGAUCAUCAGCAAGGCAGGCGGUGACAAGGGCUGGUGGAAGGGAGAGAAAGAUCAGAAAAUUGGUUACUUCCCAUUGGCAUAUGUCACAGAAGAGUCUGACUGAUUGGUCCAGAUAAGAAACCAGUCAGUACCUUGAUGCUGGGUCACAUGAUUUACAUUUUACAAACAACCUUUAUGUGAUAUAGUAAUUCAGUAGAAGAAGUUGAUAACACACCAAGACAUGCCAAAACCUUUACAGAGAUUCCUGACUGGCUACAAAUUGUACAGUUGGAGAAAAACUUUCUGGGCAUGUCCUGAACUGUGUACUGCCGGAACAGCUGAUCCAAAAGCUCGAAUCCUGUCUCGUCAGAACAUUGCUGAACAACUUGAACACAUCAUCCUUAAAGAAUAAAAUUUACAUCAACAAAUUCAGGAGUGGUAUACAAAGAGAGACUGAUAAAAGCAUCACCAGUUAUAUAUUUGAUGGUAAAACAUGCUUUUCAUUGUAGACCGUAGACAGCAGACAGCAGCUUAAAGGACAGCUGCUCAGUGAAGGAUUUGAAGCUUCAUAGUCAGACUGAGGGAUAUGGUGUAGGGAAGUACUUUCAGUACACACUUACCUGUAGUCAAAUUUAGGAGCGCAUUCAGGCUCUAAAAACGACAAAAUCGUACUCAUGUUAGACAAAAUCUGUCAUAAUUGACCAAGUGGAGUUUAGUUAUCGGCUUAGUUUGUUGUCAUCUCUAUUAUGCAGUGUUUGUUGCCAUGUCAGUCAGUAUAUAUGUCAGUACUCUAGGUUAUAUUUUCUUCAGUCCAUAUCUGUCAGUACUCUAGGCUAUAUUUUCUUCAGUCCAUAUCUGCCAGUACUCUAGGCUGUAUUUUCUUCAGUCCAUAUCUGUCAGUACUCUUGGCUGUAUUUUCUUCAGUCCAUAUCUGUUAGUGCUCUAGGCUGUAUUUUCUUCAGUCCAUAUCUGUCAGUACUCUAGGCUGUAUUUUCAGUCCACAUGUCAGUACUCUAGGCUGUAUUUUCUUGAGCCCAUAUCAGUCAGUACUCUUGGCUGUAUUUUCUUCAGUCCAUAUCUGUCAGUGCUCUAGGCUGUAUUUUCUUCAGUCCAUAUCUGUCAGUACUCUUGGCUGUAUUUUCUUCAGUCCAUAUGUCAGUUCUCUAGGCUGUAUUUUCUUCAGUCCAUAUCUGUCAGUACUGUUGGCUGUAUUUUCUACAACCCACAUCUGUCAAUACUCUUGGCUGUAUUUUCUUCAGUCCAUAUCUGUCAUUACUCUAGCUGUAUUUUCUUCAGUCCAUAUUUGUCAGUACUCUUGGCUGUAUUUUCUUCAGUCCAUAUCUGUCAUUACUCUAGCUGUAUUUUCUUCAGUCCAUAUUUGUCAGUACUCUUGGCUGUAUUUUCUUCAGUCCACAUCUGUCAGUUCUCUAGGCUGUCUUGUCUUGAGUCCAUAUCUGUCAGUACUCUAGGCUGUAUUUUCUUCAGUACAUAUCUGUCAGUACUCUAGGCUGUACAUGUAUUUUUCUUGAGUCUUUGUCAUUCCUUCAGGCUGUAUUUUUUCCAAAUACAUAUCUGUCAGUGCUCUAGACUAUGCUUUCUUGAGUCUGUAUUUUUCAACACUGCAGGAUGUAAGUGUCUGCACAGCCUCCUUUCUGUUCAGAUUUGUUAUGUUUUGACUCUCUGAGGCUCUGUUUCUAUGUUUCUGUUUCUAUGACUGAAUGCUUAAUGAAGGAAAAAUCAAACAGAAAACUACUUACAUGUAGCUGCUCAUUGUAAACCUGAUCAAACAUCUGAGGACAAGAAAACUGUCAUGCUAUGGACAGUCAGACUACUGACUACAAAGUGCCCAAAAUGGACAGUACAAGUAGCUGAAGUCUGCAAACAACAACUACUUCUGUCAUGGUUACAGUGAACUCUUACUGACUGAAAGGUGUCCAAAAUGGACAGUACAUGUGGCUGAAGCCUACCAGCUGCUUAUGUCAUUGUUACAUUGAACAACAUCUGACUGUUGAGUGUCAAGACCCAGCUAUGUGCAAAAUACGUGCAAGCAAAGUGAAUGUGUGGAACCAAGUAGAAGUAUGCAAUGGCGAGCCGGAUUGUUUGUUAUGCAAAGCUGCAUGAAGGUUUGUUUUAUGCAGUGUCCCUGAGCAUCAAGUGCUUGCCAUUGUAUGUGAUAACACAAGGUCUCCUGCUGUCGUGAAGGUUUGCCCAUUGAUACCAUGCAUUAGUUGUACAUGUAAAUAACAAGUUGCGAAGUCAUGAGGCCCUGGAACUUUUAUAUCUUUUGCAUCGAAGUAUGUGUAUGAAAGACACUGAAACAUUUUUUUAAGAAAGAAUAUGCGCAUUUACAUGUGACCUGUCAUUCUCAAAAAACAACUUUGUGGCUAGUGUUUAAGUAUAAUUGGGAGUCAGAUUUUGUGGGGGGUUUUGACAUAAUGGUAAAAAAAGACGAUACAGAAGUAUGUCCGAGAUAUAAUGUGUUAGCAAUCUGCGGAAGGUCGUGGAUUUCCCGUGGGCUCUGUCUGGUAUUCUCCCACCAUAAUGCCGCCGUCGUGUAAAGUGAAAUAUUCUUGAGUACAACGUAAAACCCCAAUCAAAUAAAUAAACAAAUAUAAUGUGUUAAGUGACCUUGUGUAGGCUUCCACGUCUUAGCCAAUGAUGUGAUUACAAACGCCAAAUUUUCGGCAGGAGGAAAAUUUAUAGUCAGAAACCAGAACGCAAGUUGGCAAGAAUUUACAGAAAACAUUGCAAGUCCGUGUGUCAUGGAGAGAACUUUCUGAGAUUCUGAUACUGAAAGCGAAAGUAAUUUACAGAGUGUGAAGCAGGAAAGUACUAGAUAUCUUAUUCUGCCGUGUCAGCAGUUUACUCUGUACUGUACAAGAUUAAUACAGCGGAGAUGUGUGGAAUACUCCAGAAAAAAACUGUAUUGACGAGGAUGCUUUGAGGACAUGCUGUAUGUUGUUAGUGUUACUGGAGAAUCCUUAGCGUACCUACGUCCUCAUAAACUCCAAAUGGUUGUGUCGAUGACAAUGCUACAGAAAUGGAUUUUUGAUAAAAUAUUAUAAAUAUAUACAUGUAUGUACGCAAUAUUUUAGAUCGAUGUGGUCCAUGUUUCUGGCGCAGAUUCAGGCUGUAGUAUAUAUGUACUCUUUUAAGUGUACCUGGCCAGUCAUGCGCAUAGGGGUUUCAUUCUAUGUGACAUUUGUAUUGCUCAGGCAGAGGAGGAUAGUAUAACCCAUUUCCCAUCUGUGACUUCCCACGUAGAAUUUACACCACGUUCUCCCACGUAGAAUUUACACACCGGGGUUUCCCUGUAGAAUCUACACCCUGGGUUUCUGCAUAUGUACAUACCGUUUGCCUAAUGUGUGUUGUCUAUCCUUGGCCAAAUUAUUAACUGUCAUUAAUAUUAUUAUUAUUGUUUUUUGAUACACAUAUGUUUGAAAACCUGGAGUAUUUCUAUCGGUACGUUUAUUCACGGAAAAAGUUCUGUAUACUUUCAGUUACUCUGGGAGCUUUUAUUAGCUUGUGUUACUGUGUAUUUUACUAGACACAAUCAUUGUGGCCUGCUGACGACAAAACGCGCGUCACAAUUCAGGAUAUGUUUUGCUGUAGUGUAAACUGACUGGUUUUCAUUCCGUAUUUAAGAUGCUUUGUUUAGACUUUUAUGUUGGCUCCUGUCAUUUGACCCUAAAUAUUUCCACUUUAAUACCGUGCUAAACGUUUGUAUAUUUGUACAUAUAACAACGGAAAAUGCCUCAUGCUUUCGUCUAUGUAUACACUUUUUUACCUAUCAGUUUUCUUGGGGGUACUUCUUCUAGCAGCUGUUGAUUUUCGUUUCUGUAAUUAUUUUAACUUUUUUGAAGUUUAUAUUUCGAAUGUCUGUUUCUGUUUUUUUUUAUGUUUCUUUUUUUAAAAUCUUUACCGAAGUGCCAUUGAGAAUUGAGUGAAAUCUGCUUUGUAGUAUUUUGUGUACCGCUCUUGUGUGGUGGGGCGAAUAUUUCACAAGAUUGGUCUGAUUUAGUUGUGUACAAAACUUUAUCUGUUAUUUGCAAUUUGCACUAGCCUUAUCUGUUUAGCUUCACUCUUAGAUUGGUUUCAUUGUUCCUUUCCUUCACUAGUUGAUACUGCGUUGACUGCUUUGCUUAUGCUCCAAAUCACCUGACUUCUUCGCCUGACUGGCCCUACAAUUUUCACUGAGUCUAAUGCACAUAUUCAGUGUAUCUGUUUGGUCUUUGUUAGCUACUGUUGCUCAACAUCCUCCAGUUUCAACCCAAUUGAUCUUUCGUAAUCCCGCGCUGUUGCUCACAGCCAAACGUCCAGCCAAUCACCAUUUGUAGCUCUUUGCUGGUGACAUAAUGCAAAAUGGACUUUAUUAUUUCUAAAGGCUAUCCAGGAUUUAUUGAUUUUGGUGAAACUUGGGCAUGCCUCCUUGCCUCAAUGUCAAUAUAUUCUGUCCGAAAAUCUGGUGAGAACAUUUUAUUGUUGGCCGCUAAAUCCUCUCUAGCUUUUCGUUGAACUCGUGUAUCACGAGAAUAUUCGGGAUCGAGCGAGACAUGUUUGUCUGUUUGCUUGCAAUUGAUUUUAUUCACACCGUUGCUUAUUUUGUUUCCUUGUCUCUGUCUUGUCUUGUCUGCGAAUGUGUCUCUGGUCCUGUCCUAUCUUUCGUACUUUUAUGUAAUGGUCCACAGCCGUCUGGCCCACCUAGUUUCCCCCUUUUGCGCAUACGUGGUGGUUCCUUCAUUGCCAAUUUGUUCCGAAGAAUUCCAUUAGUAUAGAGAGUAGAUGUGUUUAUGUCGCAGCGCUAGUGAAACGCCCUACAGUGGGUAUCGUCAUAUAUUUUUGUUGUAGUACAUGUUACUUGUAAGGGGCUUGUGUCCGCCGUUGUUGUUGAACUACAUGUGGACACAUUAAUCAUGGACAAUACUAGUAUUGUGGGCAGGAGUGAUAAAGGAGAGGUAGAUCAGUGGUCAUGUGUACAUUUUGGAAACAAAUGUUUCUCCUGUUGUUUAAUCCAAAUUCUCAAGACUAUAAUUCUGUAUGACACUUCAUUUUAACACGAGUAAACUCGCGAAAUAAAGAAUUUUUUUAACCAUAAUAAUUUUUACGUAUAGCUUGCAUGGUUCGAGCUGGAUUGUGUGAUGGUUGGAUAUUUUGGCGGCAUCGAAUCUACAAUGUUCGCUAGCAGUCGAAAUAUACAUACACACACGUGUAAAGGGUACCGAAUAACCAGGCUCCCGCCAUGUGAAAUUUUUGUAUGAUCUGUUGACGUGUUUUAUCCAAGACUGACAUUUGUAUGUGAUGGUGGCUGGAAUAUGCCUUUCUUUACCAGGGUUGUAUGACGGGAAGGAUUAUUUAUACACGUUAACAACGCAAAACAUUUUGUUGACACAUGAAGGUUCACAUAUGGCAAGACACCUUCAUAUAUAACGGGCUGCUUAAGCAUGAUAUCAUGAUAAUGGGCAUCCGAUUGACGUUUAGCUGGGUUCGCACAGUUAUAGUAAAAAUUCAGGGUGAGUUGCUGCUAAACAGAUUUCCUCCAAAAUAAGGGAACGAAACAGGUACAUACCAAGUUUUAAUGUUUAAAAUUUUGAAAUAAAUCCAAGAUUGUCUCUUGAUCCCUGGGCGUGGUAACGACUUAUCGUAUUGAAAUAGGUCACGCUUUUUUCUCUGCGAUAUGUAGCUUACUGCUAAGACCGCCUGGCUAAUUCACACGUGUAGCCUACCAACACAUUGGUGAGUUCCAGAUUCUAACUGCGAAGGAUUCCGGCUGCGCGGUAUAGGUACUGUUCAUGAGAUCGCACUGGGGUCAACUUAUGCACUCCGAACCAUCGCCAAGUGUGGCCUCACCUUGAAUACUAUCGCCAAGUGUGGCCUCACCUUGAAUACAGCAGCACCAUCGGGAGUGACUGUGCAAAAGUGUGUUACAGUUUAAGUUAGAUUGGAAAUUUUAGGAAUACCAGUGGCUAUGUGCAAGGCCAGCUGAUAUGGUCCAGUGAAGUUGCCACCAAGGUGCCCUAUCUAAAACUCCAUACAGUUUUCAUUUUCGUGAUUUUCAAAUAUGCUAUAAGUCUUUUUGUACCGAGUGUAUUUGUUUGAUCGAUAUACAUAAAACUUCCAGGGAAAGGCCGUGUUGAAGUGUUGAUUCCUGCACAGAUCCGAGUAUAAGUGCAAGCAAGCAUUUAAAGGAUUCCCUGAUAUACUGUGACCUCGCCUUAAGACCUUGAAAUUUCACACUGUCACCAUGGUGAUAAUGCCCGAGCUAGGAAAACCGGCCACGGCUUGUGAUAGUCGCCGUAGAGAACCCAGCACCUUAUGCGUCUGCGCAAAAAUGUCCUGCUUUAACAUGUCCGUUCUUGUGGUUUGUAACAACAACAGGAUGGUAAUGUUUGCCGGUUGUCUUAAAUUUAAGGCCGAACGACAAGUGUGCCGCAGUUACCAUUAACCCGUGUCAUAAUCCGGUCUCCUUUGUCAUCCUUACUCUACGGUUCAUGUAAUACACACUCAUAAUCCAUUUGACAUGACCAAUGCAAUAAAGUAUUUUUAGACCAUGCA